GCCCUGGGCCCCUCCCCAAGUCGGCCCGUCCUAAGCUCCGCCUCCCAGAGUCCGAGCACCGCCUGUUCAUGUUCUACGACAUAGUCAACGCCCCGCCCCGGCCCCGCCUCCUGAGCCCUCCUCUGGGUCUGGCCUUAGCCCCGCCCUAAGACCUGUCUCCUGGGCUCUGUUCCGAGUCCCGCCUCUUGAACCCAAUCAUCGUUUAUCCCUGCGCUAAUGCCCGCCUCCAGGACUCUUAUCCUGCCCCCACGCAAGGCCCCGCCUCCAGGACGCCACGAACCUGGACGCUUCCAAAGCCCAGCUUCCAGGAUCGCCCUAUCCUGGCCCCGCCCCAGGACCCGCCAACCUGGACUCUCUCCAGCACCUGCCCUAACGGCGCUUAACCUGGCCCCACCCCAGGCCCCGCCCUCAUAACGCUCAUCCUGGCCUCGCCCUAGAGUCCGCUCCCAAGACGCUCCUCCUGACCCUAUCCCGGGCCCCGCCCCCUCUCUGCGCCCACGCACUGCCCUGGGCCCGCCCACUCUUCAGUCCAGGCCCGGCUUCCGCCCGGUCUCUCGGCAACGCUGCGGCCCCGCCCACGUCAUGGCGCCCGAGGAGAACGCGGGGAGCGAACUCUUGCUGCAGAGUUUCGAGCGCCGCUUCCUGGCUGCGCGCGCACUGCGCUCCUUCCCUUGGCAGGUGGGCGGUGGGGCGGAGAGGCCCGCGGGGCUCGCUGGAGUCCAGGGGCAGACGGGAUGGGUCUCCGUGCUGAAGCUCCCGGCGUUCCUGCCACGUGAGUGCCUGGGAUCCCGCCGGUCAGGGCCGCGCGACCGACCCGGUCCCCGUCCCUGGGGCCUGGCCAGAGUCGCUCGCACCCCUCCUGCCCCGCGGGCUGGCGGCGGAAGCUGGAGCUUAGAAGCAAAGUUAAGAGACUCAUCAGACUCUGAGCUGCUGGGGGAUAUUUUGCAGAAGACUGUGAAGCAUCCUGUGUGUGUGAAGCACCCGCUGUCAGUCAAGUAUGCCCGGUGCUUUCUCUCAGAACUCAUCAAAAAGCACGCGGCUGUCCACACGGAGCCUUUGGAUGAGCUGUACGAGGCGCUGGCAGAGACCCUGAUGGCCAAGGAGUCCACGCAGGGCCACCAGAGCUAUUUGCUGCCCUCAGAGGCUCGGUCACACUCUCCGAGAGCACAGCCAUCAUCUCCCAUGGCACCAUGGGCCUGGUCACAUGGGAUGCUGCCCUCUACCUUGCAGAAUGGGCCGUCGAGAACCCGGCAGCCUUCACUCACAGGUGACCUCGGGGCGCAGGGCAGGGCACCGAGGCAGGCUUACCCUGGUGCAGUCACAGACACGGCCCCCUUUCCUCCCGCCAGGACUAUCUUAGAGCUUGACAGUGGCGCCGGCCUCACAGGCCUGGCCAUGUGCAAGUUGUGCCGCUCCCGGGCAUACAUCUUCAGCGACUGUCACAGCUGGGUCCUCAAGCAGCUCCGAGGGAAUGCCCUUCUCAAUGGCCUCUCAUUAGAGGCAGACAUCACUGCCAACUUAGCCCUAGGGUGACAAUGGCCCAGCUGGACUGGGAUGUCACGAUGGUCAAUCAGCUCUCUGCCUUCUAGCCAGAUGUUGUCAUUGCAGCAGGUAAUGCCCAGCCCUGGGCACCCUGUGCAGGCGGUGUCCUUGCAGCUCUACCCAGCUCUUGGCUCUGGGAAAAGGGAAUAAUGGACGCUGUCGGGCAUGGACAUGAUGGGGCUUCCAGAAGAGUUACUCUGGGCCUCCAGGGUGACAUCAAAGGACAGGGGUGCCUCUUAAGGUGACCUUCAAGCCACAGCCGUCUUGUUGGAGACAGGCAUACUCCCGUUACAGUCGUCACCACAUGGCUGUGUCCCAGAGCCAUGCCCUGUGUCCUUCAGAGACCACAGGAGGAAAACAAACACUUCUGGGACAAGGACAGGGCCCUUGAGAGAAGAUGGUGUUUGGCUGGGCCACCGAAAACCCCUCGCCUCUGCCAGCACACUCAGUCCCCUCUCUGGUCAAACAGAGCUCUGCCUGUGGUCCUGGGUCUGAGCCCUGAAAACCACAGGUCCAGCGGUGGCCAGGGACACAGGCCCACCCCUGCAAGCCAGCAGACCAAUCGGCAGAUGCCUGAAACACGAAGUUCAUGGCAGGGUCAGGCUUUGUGUCAUUUGAAGCCCUCUAGAUAGGCCGAGAACCAGAGCUGGUUUUUUAAGGAACACCAGUGAGUCUGGAGAUUUUUUUCUUUUGCUUCGGUCUUUUGCAGCUUUCUCUACUAAAGGUUCUCCUUUUUCACCCAAGUAAUUGCCUUUCCAUCUAAUGGCCCAAAUGGUCAAAUGGCAUCUAAUAGUCUCAACAGACCGCUGCCUCUCUGGCCUCGCCCUGCUGCUGAGGUCAGCAUGACCUGGAACUGUCCACUGGUCCCUUUCAGUAACCUGAAGCUUUCACUGUAGACGUGCUGUAUUGCCCAGAAGCCAUCGUGUCGCUUGUCGGGGUCCUGCAGAGGCUGGCUGCUGGGAACACCAGCGGGCUCCUGA